AUGGCGACGUAUACCCGGAGAACCGCGCUCUGGUGGUGCCUCGCGUGCCUCGCGUGCAUCGCGUCGCCCGCGCUCGCCAAGGUUGAGACCGGCACGGUCAAGCUCGACAGCGUCACCACCGAGCAGCUCAUCGGCAGGUUCGGCGUCACCGAGAAGGGCAGCCUGACGCUGAAGCUCACCACCGCCAAGAAGGGCUGGGAGCGCGGCGAGCACGCGCUGCACAUCCUCGUCUUCCGCGACGAAUCGUACAAGCGAUGGCGCGACAUGAUCAAGAAGGGGUCGUUGUGCCAGGAACGGAACAGGCUCGCGGACAUAGAGAAGGCGGUCGACCUGCCGCACCCGCUCGCCACGCACGCGGGUCACGGUUUCGAGUACUUUGUCGAUCCGGAAACGGGUCGCUCCUACCGCAUCAACCUCGAAUCUGGCGAGAGCGACUGGGCGGAACCGGACAACCACCCGGAGGGACCCCUGAACCGCGUCGAGCACAGGGAGACCACGUUCACCACCCCCCUCGUUCACCACCGCCCCAAGGGCCGCGGCCGCGACGUGGAGAGGACGCCGGUGAGCGCGCACUGGUACGUCGUCGUCGCCGACUGCAGGUUGGAAUUUUACGACGCGCAUCCGCCGCCGAUGAAAUACCACCUCACCUUCCUGCGCGGCGACGAAGGGACAAGCGGCGGUACCUCGCACCUCCCCGCGGACCUUCGCGGCGUUGGGGUCCUCUACUGGACCCUGCUCGUCGCCAUGGUCGCCCUCGCCGUUCCCGGCCGCUCGGCGAUUGUCGGGCAGUACCGCCGGCUGGGCAGGGUGCACGCGCUCGUCGUGGGCGUCGGCGUCGCGUACGCGCUGCAGACGGCGUCCAUCGCCCUGGAGCUGGCGCACCUCGCCGUCUUUUCCAGAAACGGCAAGGGUCUGCAGUGGAGGUUCACGUUUUUCGCCGCGGAUUUCGCGGCUGAGGUUUUCCAGGGCGUCGCCGAGCUAAUCGCUUCGCUGAUGCUGCUCUUCCUCGCGUGCGGUUGGACGACGGUGAGCCUCGGGACCGCGGGCGCGAGGCUGCUCGGAUCGCUGGAGAGCGGCGGCGGUGGGCCCGGCGGGUCGGCCGGCGCGGAGGCGGAGAAGAGGGAGGACGAGGCUGGCCGGGGUAAAAACGGGCGGGGCAAAAACGGGGGCGGGCUCAGUCGGGAGAUUCGAGAUCGCGUUCCCGACGGCGUCGUCGCCGUCGUCAAGGGGCUGCUCAAGGACGACGACGACCCGCGGGUCAAGGCGAGGAUCCAGUCCGUGACGCGCGCCCUGCAGUCCCCGGCGCGGCUGUUCGCGAGGGGCGCCGCGGUGGCUUCGUCCGUCGCCGGGGCGAUGCCCGCGGCGCAGGCGGUUCCGGGGUUCCAUCCGAUGACGCGCGCGGCGAGCCGGAUGUCGCUCGGGGCGUUCCUGGUGAUCGCCCUCGCGUGCGCGCAGAUCUUCCUGGAGAUUGCCGCCAGGGCGUACACCGACGACUUCAGCGGGUUUCACGAUCACGAGCACUGGCCGGGAUACGGUUUGUGCGCCCUGCGCUUGGCUCUCGCCGCGCUCUUCGCGGUGGGCAACGCCAGCGCGCUCCAGUCGGCCGAGAUGCAGGACCCGGACGCCGCCAGGUUCCUUCGCGACCUUCGCGCCGUGGGGUUGGGUUGGAUGCUGGCGUUCCCCGGGCUCGUGGCCACCGCGUGGAUGCUGCCGGCGAUGUGGCGGCAUCGAUGGGUGACGGGCGGGUGCGUGUUGCUGCAGUCGACGGGGCUCGUAGGGCUCGGGUACCUCGUGAGCACGAGCGAGAGGUUCCUGGCGGUGUCGACCGUGGCGCCGAGGAGCGCGAGCGUCGCGGGUAACGUGGCGGGAGCGCGCGGGAUCGCGUCGAAACUGGCCGUGGACUGA